CGCAGUUUUUUUCGCCCAGUCGCGCGUCAGGUAUCGCCGAUCGAUAUGGCCACGUCGUGGCGUCUGCUGCUGCACCGCUCGUUGCCGUCCACACGUGGCUGCCACGUGCUCGUAGGCCAGUCGCCCCCGCAUCGCUGCGUGCGGCCGCUCUCCCGCCUUGCGCGCCCGUCGUCGCCGUCAUGGCGCCACUUCGCCGCUGCCGAUCGCCACCGCCUCGUCCCCCGCUCCCUCUCUCCCUCCCCCGCGCUCCCCUCUUCUUCUCGACGCGUGUCGGUGCGAGCGACGGCCGAUGCGAGCAGCGACGGCGCGACGCAGGCGACCGUGGAAGCACCCCCACCACCCCCAGCAGCAGCAGCAGCCAUGGACCCGUCAGUGUCGGGCAGCGCCCUGCGCCGCAAGUUCCUCGACUUCUACGCGGCGCGCCACCACGCCGUGCUGCCGUCGGCGUCGCUGGUGCCGGACGACCCCACGGUGCUGCUCACCAUCGCCGGCAUGCUGCCCUUCAAACCCGUCUUCCUCGGCCAGGUGCCCCCCAGCGUCCCCCGCGCCACGACCAGCCAGCGCUGCGUGCGCACGAACGACGUGGAGAACGUGGGGCGCACGGCGCGGCACCACACCUUCUUUGAGAUGCUGGGCAACUUCAGCUUCGGGGACUACUUCAAGCAAGAGGCGUGCCAGUGGGCAUGGCAGCUCGCCACCCAGGAGUUCGGCAUACCAGCGGAGCGCAUCUGGAUCAGUGUGUUUCGGGAGGACGACGAGGCGUACAGCAUCUGGACGGACCAGGUGGGCGUGGCCCCUGAGCGCAUCCAGCGCCUGGGCGAGGACGACAACUUCUGGGCCAGUGGCGCCACGGGGCCGUGCGGACCAUGCAGCGAGCUGUACUACGACUUCCACCCUGAAAGAGGGCUGGAGGGGGCGGACCUGGGCGACGACACGCGCUUCAUCGAGUUCUACAACCUGGUCUUCAUGGAGAGCAACCGCCGCGACGACGGGUCGCUGGAGCCGCUGCACAAGAAGAACAUCGACACCGGGCUGGGCCUCGAGCGACUCGCACAAAUACUGCAGCAGGUGCCCAGUAACUACGAGACGGACCUCAUCUUCCCCAUCAUCCAGCGCGCCGCACAGCUGGCAGGCGUCGACUACCACAGCAGCGAUGAGCGCACCAAGCGCAUGCUCAAGGUGAUCGGCGACCACGCGAGGGCGGUGGUGCAUUUGGUGGCGGACGGGGUCAACCCGUCCAACAUCGGCCGCGGCUAUGUGGUGCGGCGCUUGGUCAGACGGCUUGUGCGCAUGGGCAGGCUCCUGGGGAUAAACGCAGGGGGCAGCAGCAGCGAGGGCGGGAAUGGCAAUGGGAGUGCCGCUGGGGCAAGCGGCUCUGCGUUUUUGCCAGUCAUCGCUCAGCAGGUGAUCGCCAUGAGCGCGGACAUCAACAGCGGCGUGGCGGUGCGGGCGGAGCGCAUAGUGGAGGAGCUGCGGCGGGAGGAGGAGCGCUUCACCGCCACGCUGGAGCGCGGCGAGAAGCUGCUGGACGACCUGCUGGACCACGCGCUGGCGGCUGCUGCUGGUGCUGGCGGUGCUACUCACGGGGCUGCUGCUGAUGGGGCAGGAGCGGAGGGGCAAGGGGAGGCGGCGAGCGGCCCUGUGUUGAGCGGGCGGGACGUGUUUGUGCUGUACGACACGUUUGGGUUCCCCGUGGAGAUCACGGAGGAGGUGGCGCGGGAGAGGGGCGUCGCCGUGGACCUGGAGGGCUUUGAGAGGGAGAUGGCCGCGCAGAGGCGCCAGUCGCAGGCGGCGCACAGCGCCAUCAAGCUGGCAGUGGGCAGUGUGGCGGCCGACCUCGCGGGGCAGCUGCCCGAGACGGAGUUCGUGGGGUACACAUGCCUCGCCUCCUCCUCGCCCGUGCUCGCCCUGGUCGGGCAGGGGAAGGUUGUGGAGCGCGCAGCGGUGGGGCAGGAGGUGGACGUGGUGCUGGCGCGCACGCCCUUCUAUGCGGAGGGCGGCGGGCAGAUCGGCGACUGGGGGCACAUGAGAGUGGCGCAGGGGGAGGGGGGGGCGCAGGCAGGGGGAGGGGUGGUGCGGGUGAGGGACGUGCAGAGGGCGGGGGGCGGGCUGUGGCUGCACAGGGGGGUGGUGGAGGAGGGGGAGGUGUGUGUGGGCGACGAGGUGGAGGCGGUGGUGGAUGAGGAGCAGCGGCUAAGGUCGCAGGCGCACCACACGGCGACGCAUCUCCUGCAGUCCGCCCUGCGCGCGGUCCUGGGCCCCGACGUGGCGCAGGCGGGCAGUCUGGUGGCGUUUGACCGCCUGCGCUUCGACUUCCACUUCCCGCGCGCCCUCGCCCCCGCUGAGGUGGCGCAGGUGGAGGCGAUGGUGAACGCGUGGAUCGCGCAGGGCGCUGCUGUGACGGCGACUGUGAUGCCCAUCGAUGACGCCAAGGCGGCUGGUGCCAUUGCAAUGUUCGGGGAGAAGUAUGGCGACGAGGUGCGCGUGAUCGACGUGCCGGGCAUCAGCAUGGAGCUGUGUGGCGGCACGCACGUGGGCAACACGGCGGCCAUCCGCGCCUUCAAGGUGCUCUCCGAGGCGGGCAUCGCUGCGGGUGUGCGGCGCAUGGAGGCGGUGGCGGGUGCCGCGGCAGUGGAGCUGCUCAACCAGUGGGACGGGGUGCUCAAGACGCUCUCCUCCUCGCUCAAGGUGAAGGCGGAGGAGGUGCCGUCGCGGGUGGCCGCCCUGCAGGACGAGCUGCGUGCCGCCAGGACCGAGGCGGACAGCCUGCGGGGCGAGCUGGCUGUGGCACGUGCGCAGCUGCUGCUGGGGGAGGCGGUAUCUGUGGGGGAGAUGGGGUGCAGGCUGCUGGUAGCAGAGCUGCCCGGGGUGACGGCCGAUGCGCUCAAGACGGCAGCAGAGAGCCUUUCGGCGCGUCUCGCAGCUGCUGAUGCGAGCCCGAGUGCGGUGGUGCUGGCGUCGGGCAGCGAGGACGAGGGCAAGGUGGCCAUCGUGGCCGUGCUGAGCCCUGAGGUGGUGAAGGCGGGUGUGAAUGCAGGCAAGCUGGUGGGUGCCAUGGCGCGCGUGUGCGGGGGAGGGGGUGGGGGGCGCCCCAACUUCGCCCAGGCGGGGGGGCGGCAGCCGGAGAAGCUGCAGGAGGCCCUGGCGCUGGGGCGGGGCAAGCUGGUGAAGCAGCUGGGGGCGUAGAGAGGGCUGGGUGGUGGAGGGUGGUCUCAAUGCCACCUGCUCGUCCGGUAGUGAUCGUGCAAUGAAGACUUUUCUGUUCAUUGUCAAACGUACAACAAUUUAUUGAGUUAUCUUGUGUCCAGUAGAGGCAACGAGUGUACCUCAGUCUGAGGGUGUGGUGGCGAGCUGUGGCUAACGUACCACGGGAAAUCUGUCCCACAGGCCUGCCUAGCGGGUGCAGCAGCCUGCCUCAUAGUUCAAGUCACCUCAGCUUGUGCUCGAGGCACAUGAGGCGCAGGGCUCAAAUUAGCCGGGUAAAAUGCCCUGAUUGCCCUGAUUUUUCAGGGCAUUUUUUCAUUUGGUCUUAAAAAUCAGACUUACG